AGAUGGUUGGCCCGGUAGUCCAGGAUGAUUUGCUGUCUAUUUUACUUCGUUUCAGGCAGCAUAAAUACAUUUUAUCAGCUGAUGUGGCGAAAAUGUACAGAUGCAUAGAAGUACAUCCUGAUGACAGAAAUCUACAGCAGAUUGUCUGGCGUGUUAAUUCUAGUGAUCCCAUCACAGCCUUUAAGUUGAAUACUGUCACCUAUGGUACAGCCAGUGCUCCGUUCCUUGCUACGCGCUGCCUUAAACAACUUGGCCUUGAAUGUAACGACAAGAAGACAGCUGAAAUCAUAUUGCAUGACUUCUACGUCGAUGACUUGCUCACAGGCAGCGAUGAUUUGGAGGAAGCCAAGGCAAUACGUGAAAGCGUUACCACGGUGCUAGCAUCCGCAGGUAUGCCAUUGAGAAAGUGGAGGUCAAAUGAACCCGAAUUGCUUUCAGAGAUUUCUGAGACAUCACUUGAUCUUAACAUUGGUUCUCAAGAGCCGAACAAGUUGUUAGGUCUUGGUUGGCAUUCGGAUUCAGAUGACCUCUGCUUUCCAUUAAAUUCAUUGGUAACUGAUGGCAAUACCAAACGUGAAUUGCUUUCUGUUAUUGCUCAGGUGUUUGACCCCUUGGGUCUUUUAGCUCCAUGUAUUAUUACCAUGAAAAUGCUCAUGCAAGGUUUAUGGUUGGACAAGCUUUCAUGGGAUGAACCGUUGCCUUCGGAGAUUAAGAAGCGAUGGAAUGAGAUCACCAAAUCUUUAUCCCUUUUAAAUGCCGUUCGCUGUCCACGAAUCAUGGUUUGUGACGCACAUAAAACUGUGCAGUUGCAUAUAUUUUCAGAUGCAUCUGAGCGCGCAUAUGGUGCAUGCGCGUAUGUUCGCAGCGUUGAUAGUACAGGAGAUGUCACGGUUCGAUUAUUGAUAGCCAAAAGUCGUGUAGCACCGAUUAAGCCAGCGACAAUACCGCGUUUGGAGUUGUGCGGUGCUUUAAUGGGUGCGCGACUUUUUGAGAAGGUGGUCGAUUCACUUCGGAUCAAGAUUGAUCAGAUCUUCUUUUGGUCAGACUCCACAAUUGUCUUGGGAUGGUUAAGAAUGUUGCCUUGUAAACUUCAGCCCUUUGUGCGUAACCGCGUAGCUGAAAUAUUAGAAAAGGCUGGUAACCAUACGUGGAGACACGUUCCCACAGAUUUAAAUCCAGCAGACCCAAUAUCUCGUGGUGUGGAUAUUGGUAACCUGCUUGGUCUGAAGUUGUGGUGGUCUGGUCCUGAAUUCUUGAAGAAUGAUCUGUCGGAGUGGCCUUCUCAGCCCAAGCAUGUCGGCCCUUUACCGGAGACACGUCCUGACGCUGAUGUAUCUUUGAAUGCAACUAUUUCUGAAGGAAAAGCAUUCGUUGACUUUAGCCGCUUUUCAAAUCAUUCACGGCUUAUCCGUGCAGUGGCUUAUGCUUUGCGUUUUAUUAAACAUUGCAGGAAGCAAAUUUCUGAGACUGACUAUUUGACAGACGAAGAAUUACGUAAAGCAUCAAAUCUAUUAAUUUCAAAAUGUCAAGAGGAUUCUUUUCCUGAGUAUAAAUUACUAUUAAAUAAAGAGAGUUUGCCUAAAAAAAAGUCCAUUGCUUAAAUUUAACGUUUUUAUUGACGAUGACCACAUCAUGCGUGUUGGAGGUCGUCUUGAUAACUCAAAUUUUUCGUAUGAUAAAAGGCAUCCUAUAUUACUACAGUCCACUCAUUUGUUUACACAACUAUUAUUUACCUAUCAACACAAAAGGUUGAUGCAUGCCGGUCCACAGUUGUUACUGGCAUGCAUUAGGGAAACUUAUUGGCCAAUAGGAGGUCGUAACUUAGCGAAGGCCUGCUAUCACAAGUGUGUACUAUGUCAACGCAUGAAGGGUAAAGUAGUGACUCCUUUGAUGGGAAACUUACCUCAGCAGCGUCUCCUUCCAGGUGGUUUUCCUUUUGAAAGUGUGGGUGUUGAUUACGCCGGUCCCAUCAUGAGUGCAUCUCGUCAAGGUCGCGGGUGUAGGCUUGUUAAGGUGUAUAUCUGCAUAUUUGUCUGUUUCACUACCAAGGCAAUUCAUUUAGAGUUGGUAGGUGAUUUAACAAGUAAUACCUAUUUAUUAGCAAUUCGCAGGUUCAUUGCACGUAGGGGAAAGCCUCUCCAUAUAUUCUCUGACAACGGUACGUCGUUUGUUGGUGCGUGCAAUGAUAUUUCCGCCUUCCUAAAAAGCAAUUGCAAUUUUUUGAGCGAAAAUAUGG